AGUACUUCCCAUGUUAAUUUUCCACCGAGACAGGUGCUUUGCGUAAUCCUAUUGAACGCUUGGCUUCCAUACCCACAACCUUAAGUUCUUGAUAGUGACAUCAAUUGACCAUUGUGACAGAAGAACUUAACUGCAACUUAUUCUACAACCAAAAAAAGAAACCUCAAAUUUGUCUCAUUGCAAACUGCAUUUACUGCAAAAUUGUCACAUUAUUAUAGUAACACAAAUCUCAAUCUCACACUCAAUAAAUCAAACUCCAUUCCCCUUUCAUUCUUCAUCCCAAAUUUUCAAUCUUUCUUCCACCCUCAUCACUCUUUCUCAAUUUUCUCAGAUGGGUUCUGUUCAAUAUGAAGACCCAUCAACCCAAAAACAUGAAACCACAAAAAAAUCCAAUCUUUUCAGAUACAAUUCACCUCUUUCCCAAAUAAUCCUUAUUGGGUUAGUUUGUUUUUGUUGUCCAGGUAUGUUCAAUGCUCUUUCAGGAAUGGGUGGUGGUGGACAAGUCAACUCAACAGCUUCAAACAACGCCUUAACAGCACUUUACACAACCUUUGCAGUUUUUGGUAUCCUAGGUGGUGGAAUUUACAACAUCCUAGGACCCCAUUUAACCCUUUUCGCAGGUUGUUCCACUUAUGUCUUAUAUGCUGGUUCUUUCCUGUACUACAAUCAUCAACAACAUCAAGCUUUUGCUAUCGUCUCCGGCGCCUUUCUUGGCGUCGGAGCAGGUCUAUUAUGGGCUGCACAAGGUGCUAUUAUGACAUCUUAUCCACCGGUGAAUCGAAAAGGAACUUACAUUUCAAUUUUUUGGAGUAUCUUUAACAUGGGUGGUGUUAUUGGUGGUUUAAUUCCUUUUAUUCUUAAUUAUAAUCGCGGCGAACAAGCUGUAACUGUUAAUGAUGGGACUUAUAUUGGUUUUAUGGCUUUUAUGUCAUUAGGGACUGUUUUGUCUUUAACAAUUUUACCAGCUAGUAAAGUUGUUCGAGACGAUGGAACGAAGUGUACAAAUGUUUUGUACUCAAAUGUUACAACUGAAUGUGUUGAGAUUCUCAAAUUGUUCUAUAAUUGGAAGAUGCUUCUCAUGAUUCCUGCUUCUUGGGCAAGUAACUUUUUUUAUACUUAUCAGUUUAAUCAUGUUAAUAAGACUGAGUUUAGUUUAAGAACAAGAGGAUUAAACAAUGUGUUUUAUUGGGGUGCACAAAUGAUUGGUUCAAUUGGGAUUGGUUAUACUAUGGAUUUUAGUUUUAAGAGUAGAAAGAAAAGAGGGAUUGUUGGAAUUGUUGUUGUUGCUGUUCUUGGAUCUGUUAUUUGGGGUGGUGCAUUGGCUAAUCAGAUUAAACAUAAACAUGAUGAUAAGGUUUUGGAUUUUAAGGAAUCUGGUUCUGGUUAUGCUGGUCCUUUUGUUUUGUAUUUUAGUUUUGGAUUGUUGGAUGCUAUGUUUCAAAGUAUGGUUUAUUGGUCCAUUGGAGCAUUGGCUAAUGAUUCUGAGGUUCUUAGCAGGUACACAGGAUUCUAUAAAGGGAUACAGAGUGCAGGAGCUGCAGUUGCAUGGCAAAUUGAUAACCAUAAUGUGUCUCCAAUGUCACAGUUGAUUGUGAAUUGGGUGCUCACAACAGUAAGCUAUCCAUUACUGUUGGUUUUGAUGGUUUUGGCUGUGAAAGAGGACAAUAGUAAGGAGGAAAAAGAACAAGUACAUGUGGAAAAAGAACAAGUAUAUGUUGGAGGGAUGUCUCCUCCAGGUCACAAUGGUUCUGUUGAUUGUUGACUUCAUUUGUUGUCUUAAAAAAUUAAAGAAUCUUUUGUUUGUCUUCUUUUUGCUGUCAUUUCUUUCUUGGAGUAUUAUGUAGUUGUUGAUUAAAGAAUCUUUUCUUUGUAUUAUAUAAUGUAAUCUUAUUUAAUUUUGAAAAAGUUGCCUUUUGUUCUCUUA